AUGCAUUAUAUACUGCUACUCUUGGGACUGGGCCUCUUUUCCUCUCAGAUUCAGUCUAGUCCCACACCUAGAAGAACGACCGGUUCGUUCAAAGUCGAGCGAAUACGGCAAUCAAGUUAUGUGGCAGAUGGUCCACGUGCUCUUAAGAAAGCGUAUGCGAAAUUUGGGAUCAUCCCAUCAGGUAUCAACUUUGAGUCGUUCGAUGACUUUAGCCCGUUUUCAUCCAGCGUUGAUCGAGAUGCUGUAUCAAAAGCCAAGCAGCCAGAUGAAAGUGGUGUAGUUACAAACAUGCCAACCCAUAAUGAUGUGCAGUAUCUAUCUCCUGUUAUAAUUGGAGGGCAGCAAUUUAUCAUGAACCUUGACACUGGGUCUUCAGAUACAUGGGUAUUCAAUACUCAAUUGCCACAAAAUGCUAAGGGAAACCAUUCAAUAUUUGACCCAGCAAAGUCAAGUAGCUUCUCCAAAUUGAACGGUACUACCUUUAACAUUACGUACGGUGACGGCUCUUUUGCAUCUGGAGGCGUGGGUAUUGAUAGUGUGGACAUUGGCGGUGCUAAGGUUGCAAAACAAGCCAUUGGCCUGCCUACCAAAGUCUCAGCGUCUUUUAUACGCGAUGAGGCAUCUGAUGGCCUGGUAGGCUUGGCAUUCGAUAGGCUUAACACAGCUAAACCUCAAAAGCAAAAAUCAUUUUUAAUGAAUCUUGCCGAAGGGCUGAAAGAGCCUGUUUUCACAGCACAGCUGAAAAAGGGGGCUCCAGGGUCCUACGAAUUCGGCAGCAUUGAUAAGUCCAAGUUCAAUGGCAAGCUUUCCAAAAUUCCGGUAAACAAUACCAGAGGUUUUUGGGAAUUUGAUUCAUCAAAAUUCAGAAUCGGAAAUAACAGCAAGAUCCAUGAUAUAAAAAAUGGGGUGACAACUGCUAUCGCUGAUACAGGAACGACGUUGCUGAUCGCAAACGAAGAGAUCGUCAGGGCGUACUAUAGCCAGGUCAAGACAGCUAAAGCGUCCACUGAGGCGGGAGGAUUUAUUUUCACUUGUGAUGUGACUCUUCCGGAUUUGUUCGUUUCUCUGGCAGAUACCCAUCUUGCAAAAAUACCUGGUAGUCUGCUGAAUUUCGCUCCAGUAGGAUCCAACACCACGAGUGGUGAAAAAUUGUGUUUUGGAGGCCUUCAAUCGAACCAUGGAAGCGGACUUCAGAUUUUUGGCGACGUUUUCUUCAAGGCCCUGUUUGUCGUUUUUGACCUUCGAGGGCCUUCCCUACAUGUUGCUGGUCAUGCAUGA